CCAUUCUCCCUGAGUCUGUCUGUCUCUCUCUCUUUUCCCCCCUUCAGAAUGCGUAUCUAAUAGCAACCAAUGACUUUUCCUAUUUUCUCACUUGGAAUCUGUUUUGGAGCUUGGAAUUGCUAUCUCACUUGAAUCAGUAACAUCUGUGAGUAGUGGGCCAGCUUGACUUAGACAGAUUUCCUGCAUUUUAAGGUUUUGUUUUUUUUCUUCCCCCUCUGAGGAGAUUGCUCUGGGACAAUUACAUUUAAUGCCUCUUAUUUCUUUUCCUUGCUCUGGGUUAGCUUUACUUGAAGGAUUUGAAAGUGACUUUGAGGAACAUUACCACCAUUUUGAAAAAAAGUUCCACUUUCAAAGCACUUGAAAAGAAAAAGUUUGAGGGGGAUUCCUAAAGCUGUAUUGCAGCUUGCAGGGAAGCGUUUGCUGUCCGUUGAACACUGUCAAUUGGCACAUGUGAAUCACUCCAUUGUAACAUCCUAGCUCCUGAACUGCCUUAGAGAAAAGCAUUACUACUAAGUAACUUCGUUGUAUUUCUUGAAGAUAAAAUGAGCCAAAGCACAUUUAAUCAAAGGGAUAGCGGAAGUUCUAUUUCUUGAGCAAAAGAGAACAGUAGUCCCAAAAUACUAUUGUAGCAAUUGUUGCUUUGAAUGACUUAAAGGAAGGAGCAGCACCGAGAAGAUGGAAAUUAUGAAUGCUUUCGUAGCAUUGACUAUUUUUAUUGUCCUUGAGAAUCUUGAACCUCUAAGAGGAGCCAAGCUGGUCCUGGUGAAUAAAGAAAUCCACGUUGAAAGAGGACGCGCUGCGUACAUAACUGAAAAUGAACUACAGUUCAAUAUUUCUAACGAGAGAGAUUCUUGCAAGGUGGAGGUGGUUUUAAAUGAACCUGUGACACAAAGAGUUGGGAAACUUACACCUCAUGUAUUUGAUUGCCAUUUCUUACCCAAUGAAGUGAAAUACAUCCACAAUGGUUGUCCACUGCUAAAUGAAGACCGUGUGAUGUUGAGAGUAUACAGGUUUACAGAACUAGAGACCGCUGUAGAGAUGUUUACUCUUCAUAUAACAAUAAGAAGCCCCAAACCGAGUCUUGUUCAGUUUGGACAAGCGUCUCUAGAAGUUCCAGAAUUCUUUGGGAUUUCUCAGCCAAUUGACAGAAACAUUUUGACUUUCAAGUACAACGGUUUAGGUAAAGCCUGCACAGUGAGGAUCUUGUCGUCUGAAUUACUGUUUCCUGCUGUUGGGCAAGUAGUUGUUGAGGACUCUAAAAUACAGAAAAGUGAAGAUGUAUCAACAUACACCAAACAAAAAAAAGCUGGACAAUCCAAACCGCCUUGUCCCAGCAAUGGUGCCUGCCAUUCAGGAUUGAAAGAAAUACACCUUCUAAAGAUGAGCUGUGAAGACUUUCUGGAGAUGAGACUUAGGUACCAACACCUCAGUCCCCCAUCACCUGAUAAGGAUUAUAUAUCCAUACAAGUAGAAAUCAGAGACAAAAAGAGCAGAUUUCAGCUACAGGCAGAAAAUGUGUGGAUUCCUGUAAGGAUAAAAGGGGCCAUUCCAAACAGACAACCUCAAGCUGCAUUCAUGUCCAUGUUCAUCUUGGAGAUAGAUGAGUUCAUUCUUACUCCUCUCACGACAGUGACUUUGGAUGCCGAAGAUGAAGAAACCCCGAGGGAAAGAUUGCUAUUCAACAUUACUAAACCUCCUCCUCAGGGAUAUGUUACCCACCUGGACGACCACUCCAAGGCCAUUACGUCUUUCACUUGGCAGGAUUUGUAUGAUACAAAAGUUGCUUUCCAGCCAUCUAAUAUCUCUCAUUCUGAGAGACAGAACUAUGAGGUUGAGUUUCAAGCAAUUGAUAGCCUCUUCAUGAACAGCUUCCCUAUCAUGGUCCAUUUUUCAAUUCGAAGUGCAGUAACAAAUGCUCCUAGAGUUGCAUGGAACACAGGGCUUGACUUGUUGGAAGGACAGUCUCGUCCAAUUACCUGGGAGUCUCUUCAGAUUGUAGAUAAUGAUAACCUUGAUGCUGUUCAGCUUCUUGUGGUGGAAGGCUUAUAUCAUGGCUGGCUCACAAUCAGAGGUAACAAAGGCUUCAGGUUUGCAGUGAAAGAUCUCAGGAAUGAAGUUGUCCGUUACCAUCAUGAUGACAGUGAUACAACCAAGGAUGACAUAGUCUUCAGAAUUUUUGAUGAAAAGCACAGUGCUAGACACAGAUUUCCUAUUAACAUUCUUCCAAAAGACGACACCCCACCAUUCUUAGUGAACAAUCUUGUCUUUGAGUUGGAAGAAGGCAGCACAGUUCUUAUUGAAAACCAUAUGCUUAUGGCUACUGAUUUUGAUUCGAGUGAUGAUUAUAUCCUCUACAAAAUAUCCAAGCCACCCAGUGCUGGAGAACUUAUUAAGCAACACUUCCCAGAUGGACCAGGUAUCCCUGUGUUUAGCUUUUACCAAAGAGAUCUCUUCCACGGGCUUAUUUACUACCGUCAUUUUGGAGGGGAAAUUUUUCAAGACUCGUUUGAGUUUAACUUAGCUGACAGCCAGGAACCACCGAAUCUCUCAGAUCCUCAGAUUGUGAUGAUUCACAUCAUGCCAGUGAAAGACCAUUUGCCAGAAGAAGUCCCUGGGACAAUAAGGCACCUUGUGGUCAAAGAAACAGAGAUAGUACACAUCACAAAGGACCACCUCCAUUUUACAGAUGCUGAAUCCCCAGACAGCCAACUUAUGUAUACAGUUACAAAGCCAUGUUUCUCUCCCGCUUCCCCUGGGGUGUAUGAUGCAGGAAAGCUUAUUUUCACAGACAGCAUGAAAAAUUUUGUGAAAAAUUCUUCCCUUCCUUUCCUGUCAUCUUUCACACAGCAUGCCAUAACGCAUAUGAAAGUGGCAUACAUGCCCCCAUUGAUGGAGAUGGGCCCUGACCCAUUGUUUGUACAGUUUGAAUUCUCUGUCAGUGACCAGCAGGAAGGAGUGAUGACUGGUCUCCUCUUUAACAUCACAGUGAUGCCUGUGGAUGAUGAAGCACCUGAGAUUUUCACCAAUCAUCUGAAAAUAGAGGAAGGUACUAGCGCAUUCAUCACUGGAGAGCAUCUAAUGGUAACAGACGUGGACACUAAGAAUAGUGAUAUCCAAAUUGAAUUGAAGAAAUUGCCUUUACAUGGACACGUUGAGCUACAUGGACUUGUUAUGUCAGAAGGGGAUAAAUUUACCCUUUGGGAUUUACACUCUUCCAAAGUUCGGUAUCAGCAUGACAGUUCAGAAACCCUUGAAGACAGAAUAAUAUUUUCAGCAACAGAUGGAUUUAACACUGCAGAUGGAACACUGAGAGUACAGAUCAUACCUGUAAAUGAUGAGCCACCAGAGCUGCAACCUGGUUUAAGAUCAAGUCUGGAAUGCCUGGAAGGAGAGCGAGUCUUCAUCACGGCUGAAUACCUCUAUGCAACAGAUGCUGACAGUGAAGACUCCAGACUCAUCUAUAUGAUUGCCAGGGCUCCAAAGCAUGGGGUUAUUCAAAAGGAUGGCUUUGUGGUGGAGAAGUUCUCUCAACAUGACAUCACUCAAGGAUCCAUCUCCUAUGUGCACACAGGAGGAGAAAUAGGUCAUAGUUAUCUGACGGACAGCGUAACUUUGAUAAUCUCAGAUGGAGAAGCUGGAACAGUGGAUGGUUGUUGUGGUGACACAAAUUUCCCGCCACCUGUACCCCUUCAUCCCAGUUUACCAGUGUAUGAUCUAAACAUCUCUGUGGUGCCCAUUAACAACCAGAGGCCAACCAUUCAAACUGGGGAGAUGUUUGUGGUGGAAGAGGGGUCGUCAGCAUGCAUCAGUUUAAAAUAUCUGGAUGCCUCAGAUGAAGACACAACUCCAGAGGAGCUAACUUUCUUCUUGGAAACCAGUCCUCAGUAUGGAUACUUGGAGAACAUUCUUCCUACACCUGGACAUGAGAAGAGCAAUGCUGGAGUUAAUAUAAGUGUGUUCACUUUUCAGAGUCUCCAGGCUGGUUAUAUCAAUUACGUUCAGUCAAAGCACGAGCAUUUAGAACCCUCCUCUGAUCACUUCAUGGUGUCUGUUAGUGAUGGCUUUCAUAAAUCGUUGGCAAUGCCUUUCUACAUCAUCAUUGAUCCGGUAAAUGAUGAAAUCCCAAGCCUGCAACUUAGGAACUUAACAGUAAUGGAAGGUGACAUUAAGGCAAUGGGUCCUGGCACCAUCAAUGUUGAAGAUUUUGACGUCCCUCAAGAUGUGCUGAGAUUCUACAUUGCUACUCCACCUCGCCAUGGUGUGAUACUAAAUGGAAUUUACGGCAGAGAUACUGGACGUUACAAACAACUAAGCCCAGCAGUACUCCAUAAAGAUUUAGAAAUCCGCAGCUUUACACUGGAGGAACUUAAACAAGGACUGAUGCUUAUGUACAUGCAUGAUGACACAGAAAGCCUAGAGGAUAGUUUCACCAUUCAGCUGACAGAUGGCAAGCACACAGUCCAAGGGACACUUUACAUCUUCAUCCUGCCAGUCAACGAUGAAAUCCCUCAUCUUUCCAGGAACACAGGCUUGGAAGUUGAAGUUCACGAGAACAAAGUUAUUUCCAGUGUGGCAUUAGAAGUUGAAGACAAAGAUUCUUUGAGGAAUCAGCUCCAUUAUGUCAUAAACAACAAGCCAAGAUAUGGACACCUGAAAUUAAAGACUGCAUCAGCUUGGAGCACUCUGCAUCCUGGAAUGAAUUUCACUCAAGACGACGUGGACAUGAACCGCCUCUGGUAUUUCCAUACGAACGUACUGAGUCCAGAAAGUCACGACAGCUUCCGAUUUUUUGUGACAGAUGGGAAGAACAGAUCUCCACCAGAAAGCUUCUAUAUUUUCGUUAAAAGUGUGGCUAAAGGUGACAUUGUUCUAUUCACCAAACCUGUAACUUUAACAGAGGGUGACAGGGUGACCUUGACGACAGAUGUUCUUAUGGCAACAGAUGGCACUGGCAAACCCGGGAAGCUGCUGUAUGCCAUUUCUGUGCCACCUGUGCAUGGUCAGAUUGAGUACAUCAAUUAUCCCGGCGUGCCCAUUUCCCGCUACAGCCAGUUGGAUGUCGUGGCCCAGAAGGUUUGCUACGUUCACGACAAUAGCCACGAGGCUACUAAGGACUCAUUCAGUUUUACCAUCAGUAAUGGUCAUACGGAGAAAAAAGGCCUCCUAGAAUUGAAUAUUGAGCACAACGACCAGAUUCCGCCUACACUGCUCACAAACAAAGGACUCCAUAUUGUGGAGGGGAGUAUAGGUUUUUUAACUUCCGAUAUGCUUCAGCUUACAGAUGUAGACAGUCCAGUGAAAAACCUCACCUAUAUCAUCACACAGUAUCCACAAUACGGACAUUUAUACAUGGGGGAAACUGUCAUCUACCCUGGCCAGUUUACACAGCUGGAUGUGGAUAACGCAAAAGUGUACUACAAGCACAAUGGAGGAGGUGGACACAUUGAUAAAUUCUCAUUUAUAGCUACGGACAAAGUCAACCAUGGAUUUUUGGUUAGUGGACAACUGACAGAUGCCUCCAUAGAAUUUACAAUACAGGUAGAAUGUCAAGAUAAAAUGGUUCCAAAACUCAUUGUAAAGGCAAGCCCAACCACUAUACAAAACCUGAAAGACGGGAGGUUUGCAGUACCGAUCACUGUUCACAACUUGAAAGUCACAGAUGCCAAUAGCAGAGAUGAGGAACUCGUCUUCAGUGUUCGGAGACAUCCUUUCUUUGGACAUCUUGAAAAUUCUGGAACAGGCCGUCUUCGGCAAAACUCUUUUACACAACAUGACUUAAACCAGCAUAAUAUUCGGUACAUCUUAAAUCCUACCACUGAGGUAACUUCAGAUACCUUUGAAUUUGAAGCUUCAGACAGAGCAGGCAACACUAUAGCUCCAGAAAUUCUUGAAAUAAAAUGGUCCCGUAUAGAACUGGCAGAAACAUGCUAUAGAGUCUGUGAAAACAUUGGGUCUCUUCCUAUUAAGCUUCAACGAACAGGAGAGAGUGCAGAGCCCUCAUUUGUUGGAAUAAAGGUCCAAGAAGUAUCAGCAAGAGUUGGCUUGGACUUCAAACACAGUACAGCGAGAUUAGUGCAGUUUGAUCCUGGUGUUUCCAUCAAGAUCUGGAAUAUCCUCCUUCAGGAUGAUGGCCUUGAAGAAAACACUGAAGUGUUUAAAAUAACACUGAACAAGCCUAAAAAUGCAAUACUGGGACACAAGAGGGAACUGACUGUUGAAAUUCUCGAUCCAAAGGCUGGCGACUGUGAUUCUUCCACAACAUUCCAAGAUGGAGGCACUCAAAAGAUGUUGGAAAGGACUAGUAGCAAUUCAGGAAGUCUGCUGUCUGCUGGCCGUUCCCAUAAAGCAAGCGAAAGAGCAGAUGUCCUUCAUGAAGAACAUCUGAGCAAUAGGAAUCUUCCCCAUAAUCAUCAUGGUUCUUUGGCCAGAGGAUAUAUUCCACAGACAGGACACCUGCCUGAUCAUGUAAAGAUGGAUUUCCAAGUUCUUGCUGAUUCUAAGCAUCAAGCAGUUCAACACCAUCCUCCAAUGUACCAAGGAAUUACACCAACAGGAGCUGGUGGACAAUUCAUCUUGCCAUCUGCCGUCAGGGCAGCUGCUAGAGAGCCUGUGCCUGUUUUACCUUUUCACCUACGACACCAAAGUGACCUUCCUCAGAGAGAUUUGGGCAUGAAGAAUGAACCUGUCCCAUUACAGUCGAGUACAAAGCAGAGAACUAAAUCCAGGAAGUGCCCUUCCAGUUGGACGCUCAGAGACAAGCACUGCUACAUUUUGAGCUCCAUUAGAAAUGCAUCCUGGGACAGUGCUGAAAAAGCCUGCAGGAAAUGGUCCCAGGGCCAUUUAGCUAGUGUUCAUUCCCCAAGGGAGAUGGCAUGGCUUUGGAAAUUUGCCAAUAAGCAGCCAUUUUGGAUUGGAUUAAACGAAGGUAAAACGGGCAGCUGGAUGUGGAGUAAUGGCCGACCAGUGACUUUCCAUAACGUCAAAAGCGGGCCGGAGCUAAGCAAGACUGCUGAACAGAAAUGUGCUUUUGUGAAAAAGCAGAAGAAAUGGGUUGCAAGGCUAUGCAGACAAAGGCUGAAAGGAAGAUAUAUUUGUUCCCUUCCUUCAUUAACUGACACUUCUCUCGAAAAUACAAAAACAGUUUAGCUGGUAUGUAAAGUUGGCAAGAAAAUUGCACAAGAUUAUUACCAGGAGACGAGGAGAAACAAGGCUACAACAAAUUCUAGUCAUGAAGUCAUGCAAGACACUCAUUGUAAAACUGCUUUGGAAAACAUCUCAAAGGAGAAACAUAAAGAUUCUCAGUACAUCGGUACUCAUUUCUCGCCAGAUUCUGCAUAUUCAAAGAUUUACAUGUUGCUGAAGACAGCAAACAUCUCUGCAAUGAGCAGUAUUGGAAAGGGUUGUUUUGUGUUUCUUUGUUUUUGAGAACAUCAGUUUACAUCUGUGUAGAUCCAGAUAGCAGUGGGCCAGAAAUUAGGCUUAGUGUUAGUCUUGCUGGUGGCGGUAUCUCAUAAAAAAAUGAAAGUUAUGCUGAUAUUCAUGCUUCAGUGAAACAGAAGAGCAUGAAGCCACAGGACAGAAAAAAUAAUGCUAUUCAAAUAUAAAAGAAAAAAAAGUUCUGUAAGUUAAGAAUGGGAAAUACUGAAACUAAUAUUUUAGUUAAUUAUUAGCCUCGAGGUUUACCUGCUGUUUUGGAUAACUGUU